CUGCGGUAUUCAUUAUGAUAUUUGUAACUUACGUUCUGUUUGUACUUCUUUUGGUGCGAUGUUUUGCGGACGAUUGCAGCUACCCGUACCGUCGAGUUGGUAAAGGAUGUUAUCUUAUACAAAAAGAUAAUAUAUCGGCUGAUGACGCUUUUGCUAAAUGUUUACGGCGUGGCGCAUAUUUGGCGAACUUUGAAACCCUAAACGAAGCAUUGCUCAUGAAGUAUGAACUAUUAAAAAUGAACUCAGGUGUUCACUAUUAUGUAGGUGGACGUAACAUCAAUAGAUAUAAGCCCGGUGGAGAUUGGAGAUGGAUCAAGAAGAACGGAGACACGGUCAAGAUGACUUACUUUGCAUUUGAUAAAGCGGAACCAAAUGGAUCACUAAGUGCACCACAAGAUUGCAUGUUUUUCUAUGCUGCAAGGGGAUACAGAUUCCACAAUGUUUGGUGUGCAAUGGGUGAUUUACUCGGCGGAUACAUUUGCGAAAAAUAAAUUGAAUUAUAAAAUAUUGAGAUUUUUUGUA